UAUGUCUUCCCUUUCCACUACAAAGUCCAAAGUUUCCAUUGUUUGGCACUUCCUUCUUGCCCUCAUAUUCUUCUUUUCCUUCAUUCUCUUUGGAGCUAAGGCCUCCAACGAUGACAUAGUUUUUUCCAUUGGUGUAAUCAUUGACCUUAGCUCUCGUUCUGGGAAAGAAGAGAAAGUAGCUAUUGAACUUGCAGCUCAAAACUACAACAACAGUUCAAAGUACCACCACAAACUGUCUCUACAUUUCAAGGACUCCAAAGGGAUGGCCCUGAAAGCUAUUUCUAUCGCUGAAGAGAUGAUUAAAAUAAAGAAAGUGAAAGUGAUAAUUGGCAUGCACUCAUGGCAGGAAGCAGUUCUGGUAGCUGAGGUUGGAAAUCAAGCUCAAGUUCCUGUUAUUUCAUUUGCUACACCAAUCAUCACACCUCCACUGUCAUCAUUUCGUUGGCCUUUCUUAGUACAAAUGGCUAACAAUCGUACUGCAUACAUAAAAUGCAUUUGUGAUGUAGUUCAUGCAUACAAUUGGCAAAGAGUUAUAGUGAUCUAUGAAGAUGAUCCAUAUGGUGGUGAUUAUGGAAUGUUAGCACUUCUAUCUCAGGAAAUCCAAAAUGUUGGUUCACAGAUUGAGCUCUCUUUGGCUCUCCCUCCAUAUUCUUCUUUGUCUCAUCCAGAUGGGGUAGUUCAGGUAGAGCUGCUGAAGCUGCUUAACACUCAAUCCCGUGUCUUCAUUGUUCUACAAUCAUCACUACCAAUGGUAACUUGUUUGUUUGCUGAAGCUAAAAAGAUGGCACUUGUGGAUAUGGAAACAGCUUGGAUAGUUCCAGAAAGCAUAACUUAUAUGCUAGACUCUGUUAGUGACUCUGUCAUUUCCUCCAUGGAAGGUGUUUUGGGAAUCAAGACUUAUUACUUGCAGAGUAGUACUGAUUAUCAGAGUUUCCAAGUUCAGUUCAGAAAAAGCUUUCAGAAAGAAAAUCCAGAAGAAGAUAAUCCCCAACCAGGAUUUUAUGCACUUCAAGCAUAUGAUAGCAUUUCAGUUGCCACACGUGCCAUUGAGAAAUUAAGAAAUCAUACUACGAGUAGCACUAAGAUAUUUCUAAAAGAAAUGCUGUCUUGCAAUUUCCUUGGCUUAAGUGGAAAAAUAAGAUUUGAAAAAGGGCAAACUUUGCCUUCUCCUAUACUUAGGGUAGUAAGUGUGAUUGGAAAGAGUUAUAAAGAAAUAGACUUUUGGACAGAAGAGUAUGGAUUCUCCAAGACCCUUUCCUUUGAGUUAGCUGGUCAAAAAGCUAAAAUUAAUAAGGUCUCAAGUACAAUAGAAGGUUUGGGAGGUCCAAUAAUUUGGCCUGGGAAUUUAAUGAGGGCUCCAAGGGGUUGGAGAAUGCCUAGAAGAGAAAAACCAUUGAAAAUUGGUGUUCCAAGAUGGACUCCAUUUGAGAAGUUUGUGAGGGUUGAAUACAAUGAAAACUCAAAUCAGACAAAAUAUAGUGGAUUCUGCAUUGAAAUUUUUGAUAAGGUUCUAGAUCAAUUGCAGUAUGACCUACCAUAUGAAAUAGUUCCCUUUAAUGGAACCUAUACUGAUCUGGUUUUUCUUGUCUACAACAAGACUUUGGAUGCUGUUGUUGGUGACAUAACCAUUGUGGCUGACAGAAUGCAAUACGUGGAUUUUACACUGCCAUAUGCAGAGUCAGGAUUGUCAAUGAUAGUUCCAGCAAAAUCUGAGGACACAGCUUUGAUUUUUAUGAAGCCCUUUACGUGGGAAAUGUGGAUGGCUAUUGUUUGCAUCCUGGUCUGCACCAUGUUCACAGUUUGGUACUUGGAGCGGGAUUCCAAUCCAGAAUUCAGUGGUCCAUGGAAGACUCAGAUUAACAUUGCUCUAUGGUUUACUGUCUUUUCUCUAUUCUUUGCACAAAGGGAGAAAAUCUAUAGCAACUUCACUCAAAUGGUGAUUGUUAUGUGGCUCUUCCUUGGUUUGAUCAUAACCUCUAGCUACACAGCUAAUCUAUCCUCAAUGCUCACAGUUCAACAAUUGCAACCAAAAGUUAAAAACAUUGAGUCACUAAAAAGGAGCAACUCCAAAAUUGGUUUCUCAGGUGAUCCUUUUGUGAGAAAAUAUCUGGAAAACGUUCUUCAUUUCAAAUCACAGAACAUUAUCAAAGUUAGUAGAAAUUACAAUUACACUGAGGAAUUCAAAAGCAAGCGCAUUGCAGCUGCCUUUAUUGAAAUCCCUUAUGAAAAGGUAUUCAUCAGCAUGAACUGCCAGGGAUAUUCUGCCUUCCCACCUACCAACAGAUUUGGAGGGCUUGGCCUUUAUGUUCCAGAAAGGUUCUCCAAUUACUAGAGACUUUUCCAAAGCUAUAUUGCAGCUCUCAGAGAAUGGAGACUUGAAGUCACUAGAAGAUAAAUGGUUGAACAACCCAGAUGAGUGUUCAACCAAUAUAACUACCAAUGCCAACGGAAGUUUAAAGCUUCAAAGCUUCUGGGUUCUUUUUGCAGCUUCUGUACUCACUUCUACCUUUUGUGUGAUAAUUUCCAUGGUACUGUCAAUGAAAAAGAAUCAGCAGCAUCAAGAGGCAUUUGAAGGAGACCAUGGUUGUUCAGCUAUUGAGACUGUUUGGAAGAAGAUCCGUGACACCAUAGCAAACUGUAUAUACAAUGAAGAAAGCACUAAUCAAAGACAAGCCUCAAAUUCAGCUCAUAUAGAGGGUGUAGAAGAAUUCUCUUUGGAGCUCAAACAAGGAAGCACUUCAGAUACCAUGGCUGGAAAUCAGGCUUUGGAAACACCACAAAGCUCUUCCUCACUGUAAGGAACUGAAAUGCUAAGGCUAAGUUAAAUAUCUUUCAAAUUUAAUUCGCAAAGAAUAUUUUAGAAUAUUUUUAUUAUUUAUAAAAAUCUAUUUUCUUAUUUCAUUAGGAUUUAGGUUAGGUCUGGAUUAAGCUUGUUAGUGUUUCUUUAUAUAUUGUACUCUCCUAAAUUAAUUCAAUAUA